GUCAGCGAAUUCUCCUUCCUGUUCAGCAUCCGCCAUAUUCCGGGAGCAAGUCGCGUGAAAACCGGUGUGGAAUUUUAUACAAAAACGUGAUAAAUAGUAACAGUCAAAAUGAGUUGGGAUUCAUACAUUGAUAAUAUAAUUGCACAGAGCAAGGAUGCAAUUGGUACAUCUAACGUAGACAAGGCAUGUAUAAUUGGUCUUGAAAACGGUGCACCGUGGACUACAUCUGCCAAUCCCAAUAAUUUUGAAUUAGUCGGUUCAGAAGGUCCUAACCUAGCCCAAUGUAUGAAGAGUAAAAAUUUCACCCCGUUACAAAGUGGCGGCAUACAUUUAGGCAAAACAAAGUACCAAUUCUUAAGAGAAGAAGAUGGUAAACUUGUUUUGGGCAAGAGAAAGGAGUGUGGUGCAGUGACUAUACAGUCUUCAAAAACAGCUAUUGUGAUUGCCCAUUGUCCAGAGGGAGGCCAGCAAGGAAAUGCUAACAAAGCAGUCAGUGCGGUCGCUGAAUACUUGGAAUCCUUGAAUAUGUAGGGUAUUGCUAAAAAGAGGAAGAGAAAUCACAAGUCGCUUGGAGUGCGCAGAAAGCUUUGGACAUUUUUUUACAUAGUGAACAUUCUGCAAUUUCUACAUGGACUUUGUUCAUAAUGUAUUGUCAUGCUGGGACUUCUGUUAGCUAAAGGCUGAUAUUGCUGAAAACUAGGAAUAUUUCAAAAUAAUGUACAUGUAAAGAAUUGAUGAUGGCAAUGUUUCGAAAACGCGUACAUGAAAGAAAAGAUGAUUUCGUGAAAAAUUGCGCCGAUUGAAUAUUAAGCAGCUGCAUAGACAGAAUGUAAAAACGUAUGUAUUUGGAAAUUUGUCCGAUGCCAAAAUAGGUGUAAUCUCGAAAACAAAACCAUGCAUAAGUAUUGCAUACACCUUGAAAUGGAGUUGAUGGGUAUUGUGAAAUUGCUGAAAAUAUUUCUCAGAAAAUCAGUCGAAAUAGUUAUCAGGGAUCGUCGGUAUGCGGCACAAAAGUGUUCGGGUGGAAAUGACAAGACAUCUGUGUAUAAUAUGAUCUAUAUCGGCAACUUAUAUGUGGACAACUUUAGCUUUGGCUGAUAGGGGAGCUAUCUUCUGUUGCCGUGAUACGAAAAAAAUUGUAUCGCACUCUGCGUAUUAACGGUGAAUGAUCGGUGUCAGAUUUUGGUCAAAUUUUCUAAUUUGAUCUAAUCCUGAUUUCAGCUAGUCAGAUAUUUAAAUAUUAAUUUGUCAAAUUAGUUUUUACUCCAGACUGCAUCGCGGCAACAGCCAGAUAGCGCACCCUGCUUUGCAAACUGGAACUAGUGGCAGGAGUAGCACGCACGCUUGCAUGGAGCACAGUGAGUUUGGUUCAAUUCGUUGACCUUUAGUAACAACAGGAUGCAAGGGGUUGGUUAGGAAAGUUAGCUUUAAGAUAUUCACAGCAUUUUUUUUUUUUUUUUAGGUUGUAAAUGCGUGCGUAUCCGGUUAGACGCCAGUAUGGCCGGUGCGCUCCGUCUUCGGUCAGGUUUUAUAUCGGAGUUUCCGUCUCCUAGUCUGGUUGCCAUAACCCGGCUGAAGAGCCCAGACUACCCAGUUACUCCUAGGUGACCAGUCACAUGUGUGUCUAGUAACCUGGGAGACAUAGUUUCCGCUAGGCAAUGCUAGGGGAAAGCUAGUCGGCCGUUGACCCUAUGACGAGCUCAUCCGCCCUGAGUGACUAGUAACCUUGAUUUCUAGUCACCCACCUGAGACAGGUGGCACUGGAUUACAGGGCUACCAGUGGCAGGUAGCCAGCCUGACCUGACCGGGGAAUUCACAGAUAUUCACAGCUAUAACCUGGUGUUUUUUUGGUUUUCGAGUGACUUUGUCUGCUGGGCCACUUUCCUUGUGGAGUCGGAGCAGUCAACUCUGGGGCCUCCAUCAUCAUCAUCAUUGCCAGCUCCAGCGUUCUUCCUCUUUCUGAUGAAGUCAAAAUUUUCAAACUCCUGCGUCCUCGAGGUUACCACAGAUCUAUUUAACGUUCUAAUCUCCUCGACCUCGUGCAAUAAACUGUGCUACUCCUGUGCAGUUUUUUGGGACCCCCUGUAGAAAUCAUAUUUAACCUAAUGAAUGUAGAUUUAGGAAAUUCAAGAAAAGCUAAGUUUUGUGUACACUACGUUGUACCUAUGAUGACAUGACUUACAUUGAACAAAUACCUUACAGUUUGUGAAAUUUAUGAAGAAUACCCUUACUAGUAAUAUUCUCCUUUUUAAACUGUGUUAGGUGAUAAUGUAUAUCCAUUUAUUUUGCAAAACUCAAGGGGUUGGGUCAUUCUGUUUUUGGUCAUUCAAAGAGAUAUGAAAAGAAUCGCUAGAAUUUGAUUAAAGUAAGGACGAUCGUAACCUUCGAUGCGUAUGAGCAUUAUUUCAAGCCUCUGCUUCGUAGCUUUUAUAAGAAGUUAUGCGAUUGUUAUCAAAGUGUGUUUAGAAUGCCUCCUGUACUUUUUAAGUUUCGACCAUGAUUGUAAGAAUGGCUUGGUCAGUUUAGAUAAAAAACACCCAGUUUUGAUGUACGAUUCUAUUUGCCAGUACAAAAAGUUGGUCAUUUACCGAUUCCAGAAAUUGGGCAAGUACCAGAUUUAGGCUAAUGGAAAAUGCAUUAGGACAGCCAAGUUCAAUGCCUAUUGGCUUCGUCAGGUGUUAUUGUAUUCAUUGGCCGCCAUUCUGACGAUUAUUGGAAAACUCCCAUGUUCUUCAUGAAAACUACGCAUCAUUUUCUCAACAUAUUUUGCGCUCCAUCACAUGUCAUUACACUGUUGUGGACUCAAGUUUUGGUUGGUCAGUUCCGACGAAAGUUCCUGUCUGGUUGUCCAUCGUUGCAAAAACACCCCUAUUUCCCAAAAUAGACUCUUCCAGUCAUUGCAUUAGAAGAGUUCAUUCCGGUAAUUUUGGGUGUACAGGUUUGAAUAGCCCCCUAGAGGCAAUACGAAAUUGAUUUCAUGGUAGAUGUAGGGACAGGGAAAAUGUAAUGUGUCGAUUAAGUUCUGUAGGUUGAUUCCAUAUAAAAUAGAUCAGACUUGCUUUGUUUUUGAAAUGUCAUUUGCAUCUGUCAUUAGCGCGUUAGAUAAUAUUGCUUCGGUUAUUAACAGUACAUGUACAUGUACAUAUAUUUGUAUUACCUUAUCGUCAGAAUGCCCAAGUUUCUACUCAAUUUCACCAAAAAUGUCACUACAUACAAAUGGCUGCUAAACUUUUCAGCAAUUCGCUUCAAAUGGCCUGGACUUGGUCAUACUUUGUCCAAUUAUGGCAAAGUAAGCAUUUCUAGAUAGUUUGGACUUUGAAGUUGAAGAUGAAAUAUAACAUAUUGUUCAAAUAUUUCAUUUUCUGUGCGAAAUCACCAAAAAGUCGAGUGCCAUUUCUUGGUGAAAUUGGGUAUCAACUAUGCCCUGGAUGAAAACAAAAGAAAUGUGCUUUCGGAGUUAGUUACGUUCCUUUUUCACGGUGCUGUUUUAAAUGUGCUGUACUGUAAAUACGUUCGGUUUUAAAAUGUUACCUGUCUUUGAGUUAGAAAAAGACGAGUUUACACCCAUUUCAAAAUCUUCGUUCCGCAGAUAUUGUUAAUCUUAAGCGGAAAGGUACUAGAACUCUUGGAAAAUGUUGUCAAAGAAUUUACCACUUCACUAAUAUUUCAGUCCGGUGUGUCAUAACAUACACUACGGUAGCCAAAAUACCGAUCAUGUGGCAUUGUGUCAGUAAUAUUGCUGUGAAAGACACCGUCAAAGCUUUAGUGAGCGUUAAGAGUGUAGUGAAGAUAGUGGUUCCUCGGCAAAUAUUGAAAUCUACAGUUGACAGCUUUGCUAUGUGCUUCUUUACCAGUUGUUGGCCUCUCUAGUCCUGAUUUUACAUUACAUGUACAAACCGUUUUACUUCGUUCCUAUACAAUAGGUCAGUUGCAUUUUGAAAGCAUUUUGUCACAAUUUACAGCAGUGGUUUACCCCCGGUUUAAAUUUAAGUGGUUAUCUAUAAAUGGUUUUAGCAUUUUUAGUUUAGAUUCCUAGGUUUUACUUUCUUUUAUCACAUGGGUCUUUUGUUUUACUAGUGCCAUUUUGAGUGCUCUCCUGGGUUAGAUUAAGGUGGUCAGAAAAAAUAACAAACCUUAUGCAAGAAGUCAUUCUUGGAAACCUGAGAAUUUCACCUAGUCUCUCUUCUAACCUUAGGAGAGCUAAUAAUCAAUUUGAAUUGUACAGAUCAAUUGGUUUACCUUCUUUUAUGCUUGGUACAAGACUAACAAUUUCUAACGUUGUUUUUUUUGGUUACAGAUAACAUUAACAUCACUUUUCGUAAAAAAAUGUCACUGAAUUUACUCCCGAAGCUGUAUGGCACGCGGUUUGCAGUUGACGGUUGUAGUUCUCCUUAACAACUCCAUCAGCGUGGUAAAUCUUUGAUUCCUGUUUGAUAAAGAACAAACUACAUUGUAUAUUAAGGCGCCGCGCAAUUGUAAACUGUGUAUUCUUUAAGUAAAUUUGUAUGUAAAUGGGCACAAUAUAAUCGAAUAACAAUAUUUCAUACACAAUUAUAAACCUAACAGAAAUUUAGUGUACUUAUUUUCUUAUCUUGAGUGAUCUCCUUUACGUUUUUAGCAAUUGUCAUGCUUGUUUUCUAUCCAGUGCAUUUACGAUUAAAAUUCAAAGAUUCGUUGCUGUUUUCACUAAGUGACCAUUCUGCAAGUGUGUGUAAUCAUGGUUCUGCUGAUGUUGGAAUAAAGUGUGCCGCAAGAUCAUACUCAGUUUCAGUGUGUGUUUCAAUGCUAGAUGUGUUCUGAAAGAUCCAAGUUGUCAUUUCUGAAAAUGAAUUUUUUGCUCAUAAGUCAGUCACUUUGUGAAAACGGGGACAAAUUUCCAAUAAACUAGUCUGCAUUUCAUCAAAAUUCCUUACUCAAUCCUUUCAACAACACAAUAGAAUGAAAUAGAACUUAGAAGUUGGCCUUGCAAGUCACACUUUUUCAUUGUACAGUGCUCUCAGUGAUUCAUGGAACAAUUGGCAUAUGGCUGGUUUGCCUGUAAAAUAGUUUUCUAUUCCUGAAAAGGGCUGAUGCAAGGGAGUUCUCACGCGGUAAAGAAAGUGCCUAAAAGUGGCCUGAAAAUGUCUAGAGUUCUUAGAAGACUAGCAUCUGUUCAACAUAAAUGCCAAUGGUUAGUUUUUUUAACAUAAUCUUGUACAUUCGUUACCAAAUUUGUGAAGUUACCAGUUCAAUUUGGAAAUUUUCAGAUUUUGUUGCAAAGCUCACUUCAGUCCUUUGAGGGAUAGCAAACAGGCUAAGGUUCUCUGUGUGGAAUUUGUACCGCUUCUCUGUGUUUUGUAAAAAAAUUGGCACGUUUUAGGCUUUCACUACUUACAUUUACUGCAAGGUCAAAUUCAGCGGAUGACUGAAGCAAUUUUCAUGGCAGAACCAGAAAAAUGCAUCAACGGUUGGUUCAUUCUCUUCACCUUUUCACCCCCAUUUCUCUGUGUAGACUCUUCUAGGUAAUGCGUAUUGGUAGAUUC